UUCCCCUCUGCACCGGAAGUGACUCCUACAGCAGAUCGAGCGGCAGUGCGAUGACAUCUUGGCGGAGCUAGGUGUCCGGCGGCGGCUGAGGCGGGCGGGGAGAUGUGUCUGGCCGGCGGCGUACGGAGGAGCCUGGACACUGACUGACUCCUGAGCCGGUAGGUUUUCAGCAUAUGCCAGAGAUAGCUGCUACUAAGCUCCCUGACCAGAAGUCUUCCAGCUCAUACUCCAUGCUUUGAAAACUGGACACACUUGCAUAUUUGUCAUGAAGAUGGAGGCAGUCGGCAAGGAUGAACAACUUCUGGACUCUGAAGUGCCUCCUCACAUCACCCAGGAGAAAGCUGACUCUCAGGCUGAAGAAGGAGCUCUGGACCUGCAGCCUCCUUCUCUUAAAGAUGGCGCCGAAGAUGUCGCAGACUCUUCUGGACUCGCUUCCAUGCCUUGCCUGCUGAUGGAACUGAGAAGGGACUCCUCGGAAUCUCAGCUAGCGUCUACUGAAAGCGACAAACCCACGGCCGGCCGGGUGUACGAGAGCGACUCCUCUAACCACUGCAUGCUUUCUCCUUCUUCCAGCGGACACCUGGCCGACUCCGACACAUUGUCUUCCGCAGAAGAGAACGAGACGCGACGUCCCGAAGCAAUAACCGAAGGCUGCGACACUGCCAGCCAAGGAGCCGCCGUGGCUCGCAAGUCCCGGAGGUCUCGGUCAGAGAGCGAAACCUCCACUAUGGCCGCCAAGAAAAACCGCCAGUCCAGCGACAAGCAAAACGGUCGAGUCACCAAGAUCAAAGGCCACCGAAGCCAAAAGCACAAAGAGCGGAUCCGGCUGCUGAGGCAGAAGAGGGAGGCGGCCGCUCGGAAAAAGUAUAACUUGCUGCAGGACAGUAGUACAAGCGACAGCGACCUCACCUGUGACUCGAGCACCAGCUCAUCGGACGAGGACGAAGAAGUUUCAGGGAGCAGUAAGACAAUCACAGCGGAGAUUCCAGAUGGCCCACCCAUCGUCACCCAUUACGACAUCUCCGACACAAACUCGGACCCAGAAGUGUUGAACGUUGACAACAUGCUGGCCGCCACAGUUGUCAAGGAACAUAAUAGUUCUGUGUCCAAGCAGGAGCCCCUGGCAUCAUGGCGCACAAGGGGACUACUUGAAGAGCUCAAUGCUGAUUCUGGUCAUUUAGAUCCAGGGCUGCCAUCUUGUGAUAAAUUACCCCCCAGCAAUGCGCAGAAAAAAGACGAAAUUAACAUUGCAUCUUCCGGCAGCGAGGUGGAGAUUGUGGGGGUGCAGGAACAUGCCAGGUUUGUCCACCCCCGGGGGGGAGUCAUACAGAGUGUGUCUUCCUGGAAGCAUGCCGCCGGCUCUCAGUAUCACAGCUCACACCAAACUCCAUCAUGGACAAGCGUCAACACCCAGCAGAACUGGACUUCACCCCCAGAAGUAGUUGACCUAACGCUGGACGAGGAUUCGAGGCGCAAAUACUUACUGUAACAUUGACUCCUCCCUGUUUUGUGUCCUCCCCUCUUCCCCGUGGCACAACCGUCACUCUCUUCCCAGAGGCCCGGGACACGUCUCUUGGAAGGUAUCCUGAAUUAACCUAUGGGUAAUUUUAUUUUAUCAUUCAUCACGCAGCCAGCCAAAUUGCCUGCUGCCACCCCUCCCCUCCAUCCUUCCCAUUGAGAUGCCUAUGCUCAAAAAAAAAAAAAAAAAAAAAAGAGAUAAAGCACUUUCCAUGUUUUUUUUUUCCUCCCUGCCCCCACUUUCCUUUUUUUGUGCUUAGAUAAUUUAAUUGCUUUGGUUAAAAAAAAAAAAUGAAAAAAAUGUAAUAUAUGCAGAAAUAUUUAUAAUGUAUCUUUAGAUAAGGACUCGGCACGUACACUGAGCAUUUACGGGGUAUGUACAGGAAUCGGAGGCAGCCAUCUUGUAUGGGCGGAGUCAGUAGCCAUCAGCACCGCUGUCUGCCAGUUCAGCGAUGUUUCAGAGAUGCCCCUGGCUGUCACUAGAGACUGGAUAAUUGAUAGGCUGGAUAUUGCUCCGAUUAAAAUGGCCGCCGCCAUGACAGAUACUGUAUGCUCUAGUCAUGUGACUUCACAUGAUGUAUGGAACCUGUAGCUUGAAGUAAGUCACAAGCACAUACAUUGUCGCCUCCUGCAGGCUCAACCACUAUGGCCAGGACUCGGCGCCGAUCCCACUGCUGAUACUCUUACAUACAGCCCCUUUGGAGGAGUCUAUGAAGGGUAAAUGUGGUCUUACUGGAAUAGCUGUUCCCUAAUUUGUUUUACUGGCAGCGCUUAUGUUGGGGGCUGCAGACAGUAGUCUGAUGUGUGACAUCCUGGAUGCCUUUCUGAGUAUGUAUCUCAGUAUAUAGACUGACAUGUAUGUCCACCCCUUCUCACCAUUAUACAGUUUAUAUAUAGAUAUAAUUUACAUAUAAAAUGGGGUAAUUUACAUCACUUAUCCUCUACUUGCUGUAUUAUACUCCAGAGCUGCACUCACUAUUCUGCUGGUGUAGUCACUGUGUACAUACAUU